CACGAUAUUAAAUUAUUGUAAUUUACAAGAUUAUGUUCUACUUUACUCUUUCGGGGAAAAUUAUAUAAAAAGUGGUUCCGUGGGCACUUGAGCACUUAUUAUGGAUCAGAUUCAUAAACAAACUCUGAACGAUGCUACUUCGUCUGGGGUCAGACAGCAGACGUCUAUGGGCACUCUUAUAAUGUGGAAUAUAACGAAAGCUGUCGAAGCGAAUCCUAACAUUGAUUUAAAGACGGCGAUAAAAGCAACGCAGGAGCGUCUGGCCCACGACGCGGGGAACGCACUUUCGGCCCAGAGCUCGGAGCAGCAGUACCUGGCGUGCGCGCUGCUGGCAUGGCAACAGCUCGGCCACAGCGACGUCGACAGCUUGUAUCAGUUCGUGGAAUCGAAGCGCAAGGAAUCUCCUGAAAAGAUGUGCGUGGAGAAAAUGAAUCAGACACGAAAGCCAGAGCUCUGUCCGGGGAGUUUUAUUAGUUAUGAGGAUUCUAAGUUCUCGAAGGGAGUUGGUUCGAGUAGUUUCGAGUCGGCAUCGCUCAUGGGACCCGUGGUGAAGCUGCCGGUGGAAACGAAGAUCGUGAUGCGCCUGGACAACAAUGCUUGCUCGCGUCCCGCGCGUAGGAAACCACCUGACAAGGAUUUAAAGAACAAAAUCGAUGCUGCUUGCUGCAUGGAAUCAGCGUGCAUGGAGAAGCUAACUCAGCUCGACAAAGCGACGACGGAGCUGCGUCUACGUGCCGAACGCCUGGCCAGGCGGGAAGCCGAGAGGGUCGAGCUGCUGGAGCGAGCAGAGGCUGCCUGGAAGGACCUGGAGCUUGGCUACCAGCGGCGGCUGGCCCUCGCUGAGGAGAAGGAGGAGGACAUGACUAAACAUAUGAAGAAGCUAAUUGAAGAACGAAACGGAUACAAGAACGCUUGCACAUCACUAGCGCAACAGUUGCGUGAGCGCGGCGAGAUCGCAGAGAAAGAGCGCGCGCGGCUCACAGAAGUUGAGAAGGAGCUGUGCGAGAACGCCUGCAUGCGGCUGCGCGUCAGCGAGGAGGCUGCCAGGCUGGACGCGGCGCUAGCUGAGCAACAGUGCAAGGCGGCGCAGGUGGAUAGGGAUUAUCAGUUCAAAGAAGAGCAAACUCGCCGCAAAGUGCAGGCGAUGGAAAGCGAGCUGGAGUCAGUUCGCGCGCUCACGUGCGAAGCCGAGCGCGCGAUGCACGCGGAGCUCAGUGCCCUACGGCAACAGGUCACAAAGGUCUCCCACCAGCUUCUGGAAGAAGACGCCGAAAUUGGGCAGAUCAAAGAAGAAGUGAGUAAAAUGGAUCUACUACGGCAAGAAAAGCUAGAAAUGGUGGAAGACCUAGACGGCUGCAAAGUCCUGUGCGAUGGCAAAAUCCAGGGGAAAAUGGACGACCUGAAGAAGAAGAGAGACCAGCUGAAUGAACUUAAGGACCAAGUGAUGGAGUGCCAGUGCAAAAUGCCAGUAGACGCCUCAGUGGAGGCAAAGAGAACCCCCUCCCUGGCGGCAUUGUGCAAAUGCAGUCCUGAAGAUAAGUUCUUGGAUUCAUGUUCAUGCACGUCCCUGCGCACCACUCUCCUGUCGAACUUGUUGGCGGACUUGUUCGGCGGCCUGCAGUCCGAACUAGGAGGCUGCACGUCGGAGAUGCCGUGCCAGCUGCUAAAGUGUCUGGAAGACAGGCACAACUGGGACAAAUCUUCAAUCAUCAAGACUAACCUCCGGAAUUAUUUCUCUCAGCUGCUGAUCGGAGAGUUGGAUAUUGCUAUUGCUACGUCUAUCGAGAAAUACCACGCAAGGUGGGUAGGAGCAUCUUGUGCGGACGCAGCACGAAUCAUACCAGACCGAGGUGGUCCAGAAACUGAAGGCUGGCAAGAGCGAGCUCUCGAACGGCGAGCUCAAAAGCUCGCGUGCAAGCUCGCCGAGCAACUGUUCCAGGAGCGAGCAGAGCAACUCACGGCUAAAGCAAAGGAGAUUGUUCGGACCGGUCCACCGCCCUGCGAAUGUAGACCACGACCAGCUGCGGUGUACCCUUGUCUGGUGAAGUCUCCAACUAUCAAUCCUGCGCCGACUGCGAACAGUGGGGCUGCGUCACCCGGGUACUGGCGCCGCACGCAUCAGGACGUCACACAGCUCAAGAUCCAGCUCGAAGAUCUUAAAAAGGUUACAAAAUAA